GAAAGCAGUUAGCUCGAGAAGCAGCGUUACAGCGGGAAGAAGAGAGACUGAGACGAGAAGCUGUUGCAGCUGGAGCCGGACCCUGUACAUUGCCACAUGCCGACGACGAUAAUAUGGAUACUGACGAGGAGAUGGAGGAAGAUGAUGGGCCAGCAGAUGCAUUUCAGGAUCGUAGAGGUGGUCGUGCCUUACCCUUUCCGCAGCUGCCUGGUCCUGCGUACUUGGAGGGUCCGUGCGAGGGAGGGCCGCAAAAUUUAGAGUUUAUGCGAUGGUUCAAGUCGCAUAUAGCGAUGUACAUUUGGGAAGGAUAUGAGCGCCGUGAAACUACACGGUGCGAGUCGAGGACCAAAGCACUCGAGGACUACCGCGGCCCGCAGGAUAACACGAUGAUUGCGAGGUUGGAGGCAACAGGUCUUUACCACUUACGAGACUGUUUUCUGAAGAGGAUGAACAAGAACCUCAUGCUAGCUUUCGUGGAGAGGUGGCAGCCGGAGACGAACAGUUUCCACAUGCCAUGGGGCGAGAUGACGAUCACGCUCCACGAUGUCGCUUUCAUCCUGGCGUUGCGGCUGGACGGACCAUCAGUGUCUGAAAUUCGCCCGGUAGAAGAGUGCUCACAGAGUCUUGCAUCUGUAUUGGGUGUCGGUCUUAUGGACACCAAUGAGAUGUUUCGAAAUAAGGGAGUUGGUUGGGUUAAGGUGAGAGAUCAGUUGACCCUUCCUUGCGCCACAUACGACAAGAAGAUGAAGGGCUACUUGAUGUUUCUGCUUGGGUCUGUUUUGUUUGUAGACAAAACAGCGUCUAACAUAAAGCCGUGGUGGAUCCAUUUUACCAACGAUCUCGAUAAUGUCGGCAAGUAUUCGUGGGCUUCGGCAUGCUUAGCAAACAUGUACCGCCAAUUGGGUAUUGCCACCCGCGCUGGGAUGAACAGUCUCUGUGGAUGUGUUAUUCUCCUUCUGGUACGUGUACCUUUAUUAGUAAUUAUUUAUUUAUUUAAACUUCUAUUUUAUUUAUUUAUUCAUUGGUGUUUGUUUGCAGUGCUGGAUCUUUGAGUAUUUCCCCUGCUUUCGACCACCUCUUUCCCGUUCAUAUGCCGAGUUUGAGCCUCGAUGCAGAAGGUGGGCCCAUGGUGGAGGCAAUAAAACCACGCUGCAGGAAUACCGAAAAAUACUCGACGCCAUGACCGAAAGAGAUGUGAGUAAUAAUUUUUCUAAUUAUGUCUAUAGUAGAGUUACGGAUUUUUCUAAUUAGUUUAAAAUAUGCUUAGGUUUGUUGGACCCCGUAUGGUACCGGUGCACAUUACUUACAUCCUCGGAGCAUGUAUUACG